AACAGAACUCUAUCUCACAAACUGGUUUACCUCCCCGAUUGUCCAACGCCUCUAUUGGGACGGGACCUGCUUUGUCGCUUAGGUGCCACCCUGCAUUUCACCCAAGAUGAAAUAACCCUCACCUUACCCCCAGAGAAUGCCUGGAUAAUGACUCUUGCAACUGAGCCCUCAGCCAUGCAAGCCCCAGAAUGGAGUCAGUGGGAAAAGCAGGUUUUUCCUCUAGUAUGGGCAUCAGGGGUCCCAGGGAAGGCAAACCGUCAGACCCCUGUUCAUAUUCAGCUUCUCCCAGGAAAAAGCCCAGUGCGAAUCAAACAGUAUCCGAUUAAGAGGGAAGCCAGAGAGGGACUGCAAGAGACUAUAGAUCGGUUCCUAGAGUGCGGUGUACUACGAGAAUGCCAGUCAGCUUGGAACACCCCCAUUCUGCCUGUGCGAAAGCCCAAUGGCACAUACCGGCUGGUUCAGGACCUGAGGGCAGUUAGUGAGCGGGUUAAGACUCUGCACCCCCUUGUUCCAAACCCGUAUACACUGUUGGCCUCUAUAGGGGGGCAGUACACCCAUUUUUCUGUCCUAGAUUUGAAGGAUGCCUUCUUCACGAUCCCGGUCGACACCCAAUCUCAGGAGAUUUUCUCCUUCGAGUGGGAGGACAACAGAAGGGUUAAAAAGCAGCUUUGCUGGACUGUGCUGGCCCAGGGAUUUAAAAAUUCCCCCACUUUGUUCGGCCAGGCUUUGGCCAGAGACUUGGAGGAGUGGGACAAUGAGGACAAAGUCCUCCUCCUGCAAUAUGUGGAUGACUUGUUGAUUGCUGCUGUGGGUCUAAUCCCUUGUCUUAACGCCACUGUGAGCCUCCUGAACUUUGUUGGACUCAGAGGAUAUCGAGUAGCACAGAGUAAGGCUCAGAUUGCUCUCCCAGAAGUACGGUAUUUAGGAUUUUACAUCAGGCAGGGGGAACGACAGCUCUCAAACGAAAGAAAGGAGGCUAUCUGCCAAGUUCCCAUCCCCAGCAACCGUAAAUGGCUUAGGGCAUUCCUGGGCAUGGCAGGCUUUUGCAGAAUAUGGAUUCCAGAGUUUGGACUGUGGGCUAAACCUCUGUAUGAAUGUGUUAAGGGAGCGGAUCAAGACCCCUUUCACUGGUCCCCAGAAGCGGACAGGGCAUUUAAGAUCUUGAAAAGGAAGCUAAUGGAAGCUCCAGCCCUCGGCUUGCCCGAUAUAUCUAAGCCGUUCCAACUGUAUGUGCAUGAACGGAGAGGGGUGGCCCUGGGAGUGCUUACCCAGCUAUUAGGCACCUGGAAGCGUCCUGUGGCAUACUUUUCUAAACAACUGGAUCAAGUUUCAAAGGGAUGGCCAGCCUGUUUGAGGGCGGUCGCAGCAACUGCCCUAGUGCUUGGGGAAGCCGAGAAAUUGACACUGGGGGGAAUUGUGCAAGUGUAUACUCCCCAUAUGGUUCAAGCCCUGCUGGACACUAAGGGUGGUCUCUGGCUUACACAGGCUCGGGUUGCUCGGUAUCAAGCAAAACUGUUAGAAAAUCCUGAAGUUACCCUACAAACCUGUCCCUCCCUCAACCCAGUGACCCUGUUACCGGAGACAGAGGAGCAGGAACAUGACUGUCUGGAAAUCAUAGAUGUCCAAUACUCCAGCCGCCCAGACUUAAAAGAUCAGCCCCUCCCUAAUGCUGAUGAUGAGUGGUACACUGACGGCAGCAGUACAGUUGUAGACGGACAGAGGAGGGCAGGCUAUGCUAUCGUAUCUCUCCAUGAGACUGUGGAAGCAGAGGGUUUGCCUGCUGGGACAUCAGCUCAGCUGGCUGAAUUGGUAGCCUUAACCCGUGCACUUGAACUGUCAAAAGGAAAAAGAGUGAACAUUGUUACUGAUUCCAGAUAUGCCUUUGGAGUACUACACGCCCAUGCCGGUCUGUGGAAGGAAAGAGGAAUGUUAACAGCCCAAGGGUCUCCGGUUAAACAUGGGCCUCAAAUUCUCCGGCUUUUGGAAGCGGUACAGCUCCCCUCAGAAGUAGCAGUGGUACACUGCAAGGCUCAUCAAAGAGAAGAUCAAGAUGUGGCUAAGGGUAAUGCCAGGGCGGACAGAGAGGCCAAGCGAGCUGCUGCCCUGGAACCACAGGAAGCUGAAGACGCCCAUAUGCAUGCCCUCAUCCCAUCAGUGGGGGAGCUCCCGACCCCUCAGUACUCUCACGAAGAGAGGGACCUAGCCAACACACUUAGGCUCCGGGAAAAGGAGGGAUGGCUCCACUCCACGGAAGGAAAAAUCCUCCUACCAAGGAAUCUAAUACGGCCAGUACUACAGAAACUACAUCAGUCAACCCACGCGGGAAGAGAGGCUCUUUCCCAGCUUAUGAAUAAAUACUUUCUAACCUCUGGACUUAGGCCUCUGGCCUCCCAGGAAAUAGAAUCGGACCUUAGCAAUAGCAACAACAACAGCUCUAACCCAUCUCAAUUCUUCUCCUCUUCCUAA